AUGAUGUCCAAUUUGCAAUUUCCAAAGACGGCUUAUCCAGGUAAACUAAUAUGCCCACAAUACAGUACAGAAAAUAAAGACGGUGAAGACAUAAUCUUCAAUUAUGUCUGUGGUUCAGGGACUAAACUACUUCAUUUUGAGCACAACGGGAGAUCAAUAGAGGCCAUAACUGCAACACUAGUUGGGACAGUAAAAUGUGAGGAAGAGAAGAACAUUGACAAGGAAGAAGAACCUGAGGCUGACCAAUCUACAGAGGAGGAGCAAUCAGUGGAUGCAUCUUCUAGUGACGUGAUAAAAAGAAUAGUAAAGUUUAUCCGUGUUUCAGUGGUUCCGGGGGGAGAUGAUGAUUGCAGAACCAACAAGUGUGCUAAUAACGAUUUUGCCAACAAUCUACCGAAAGAAGGUGAUAUUGUGCUGACCAGAGUGACAAGACUGUCAUUACAACGUGCCAACGUCGAGAUUCUAGCUGUGGAAGAUAAACCAUCUCCAAUUGAUAGUGGGGUAGGUAGUAAUGGGAUGGGCAUAGUCGCCGCAGGUGGCGGUUCCGGUGCGGCCACUUUUUCCGUUUCUCAGGCAUCAUCCGAUCUAGGUGAGACAUUCAGAGGUAUCAUUAGGUCACAAGAUGUGAGGUCCACCGACAGAGAUCGCGUGAAAGUGAUAGAAUGUUUCAAGCCGGGCGAUAUUGUCAGGGCACAAGUUUUAUCGUUAGGUGAUGGAACCAACUAUUAUUUGACUACUGCCAGAAAUGAUCUGGGAGUAGUAUUUGCCAGAGCUGCCAACGGUGCUGGCGGACUAAUGUAUGCUACAGAUUGGCAAAUGAUGACUUCGCCGGCUACCGGCGUAACUGAGAAGCGGAAAUGCGCCAAACCUUUUUAA